GCCGAGCCGUUUCCGACAUGUGGACGGUUUCCUAGCGGCAAAAGCCAAAUGUACACUUCCCGUGUGUCACUUCCUGUGUGUCACUGCGUCUGUGGUCCGGGCUGCAGAGAUGCUGAAUGAAGAAAGACAAGUAACGGCUGGAGUUUGAGACAAAAGGAGGGGGCUGUAUAAUAAUAUCUAGUUAGUAAACAUUCUCCAAACAAAGAAGAUUAAAGGGAUCUACAAGAUGAAGCUUCUGAAGCCGAGCUGGGUCAGCCACAACGGAAAACCAAUAUUUUCCGUCGACAUACAUCCGGAUGGAACAAAGUUUGCGACCGGUGGACAAGGAGAGGAUUCUGGAAAGGUGAUGAUCUGGAACAUGGCCCCCGUCCUGAGAGAGGACGAUGAGAAGAAAGAACACAUCCCAAAGAUGCUUUGCCAAAUGGACAAUCACCUGGCAUGUGUGAACUGCGUGCGCUGGUCUAACAACGGCCUGUACCUGGCAUCUGGGGGAGAUGACAAGCUGGUCAUGGUGUGGAAGCGAGCAGCGUUAAUCGGUCCCAGCACGGUGUUCGGGUCCAGCAGUAAGUUGGCCAAUGUGGAGCAAUGGAGGUGUGUCACGAUCCUAAGGAACCAUACUGGAGAUGUGAUGGAUGUGGCCUGGUCUCCUCAUGAUGUGUGGCUGGCGUCCUGCAGCGUGGACAACACCAUCGUCAUCUGGAACGCACGCAAGUUCCCAGAGAUGGUGAGCUGCCUGCGGGGCCACACUGGGCUGGUGAAGGGCCUGACCUGGGACCCGGUGGGGAAGUACAUUGCGUCGCAGGCGGACGACCACAGCCUGAAGGUCUGGCGGACGGUGGACUGGCAGAUGGAGACGGACAUCACCAAACCCUUCAGCGAGUGCGGGGGAACCACCCAUGUCCUGCGUCUGUCCUGGUCUCCAGACGGUCAGUACCUGGUCUCGGCCCACGCCAUGAACAACUCUGGACCCACAGCACAGAUCGUGGAGCGUGACGGCUGGAGGACCAACAUGGACUUUGUGGGCCACAGGAAGGCUGUCACCGUAGUGGUGCGUGCGUGUGUGUUUUGAAAAGUU